UGGAGACCAGGUUCCAAUUUGCUUCAUUGCGGAGGCAGCUUUUUCGUAUCAGCAGUUACAGUCAGAAAUGCGAUGUGUUUGGGUGCAUGUUGAACACGCUAAAGCACACGUGAUCUGCAAUGAAACCUCCAUGACAGUAGAGUUGGAGAAAGCCGCAUUUAAGGGACUAGAUGAAGAUCACCUGCGGCUAAAUGAUCCCGGCAGCACAGCCUGCAGACUACACUCCAAUAGCACUCAUGUCAUUGGUUUCAUCCCACUUAAUGAAUGUGGUACUAUGAUUAAGGAGGAUAAUGAUAAUCUCAUCUUCAAGAAUGAGAUCACCACUUUUGAAGAUGUCAGAGACAUCAUAACCAGGAAACAUCUGUUGGAAAUUGGGUUUUCCUGCCAGUACCCAAAGCGUGGAAAUGUAACCCUGGGGUUCACAAUACACAGGGACAACUUUACAUUAAUAGAGCGGGGCUUUGGGAUGUUCACCUAUAGCUUUGAAUUCUACCCAGACAACAAUUUUGGCACAAUGGUCAGUCCCAGUUUAUACCCACUGGACUAUGAAGUUGGAGAGAAGAUUUACAUGCAAAUACAAGCCACGUCUUCAGUCAAUAACACUGUGCUGUUCGUGGAGUCCUGCAGAGCUUCACCUUACGAUAACCCAAAUUACCAGCCAAACUACCCCAUCAUAGAGAAUGGGUGUAUAAUGGACCCCACAGUUGUCAUCUAUUCCCCAAGUCAUAAUAAACAGUUUCGGAUUUCAAUUGAUGCCUUCAAAUUCAUAGGAAUACAUGACCAGGUGUACAUCAGCUGUUCGGUCAUUCUAUGUGAGGCUGGGAACAACAACACCAGGUGCGCCAAGGGAUGUGUAACAUCGAACCAGCAGCAUCAUCGAAAAAAGAGAGAGGCUGUUAUUGAAACAGGAGUCCACUUCAUUUCCCAGGGUCCUUUGCGUUUGCGAAGCACACCAGCAAGUGAGAGCAGAGUGACCGGUCUGAAUCUGAACCUGGCCUUCAUCGCCGGAUGCCUUCUAGCAGCAAUUGCCAUGAUCUGUGGAGUGAUGAUUCAGAGAUUCAAGAGGGCUGCUGUACAGUAUCAGCCUUUACCAACAACUGAGCAAUAAGAUAUCAGAUAUCAA